AUGGCCUGCAAGCUGAUCGUCCUCGCCGCCUUCGUGGCCGUCGCCCGUGCUGGCUACCUGGGCGCCCCCGCCGUGAUCGCACCCGGCCCAGCCAUCGCCGCCCGCGCUUACGCCGCCCCCGUGGCCUAUGCCGCCCCCGCACUCCACGCUGCUCCCGUGGCGUACGCCGCCCCCGCACUGCGUGCCGCCCCCCUGGCCGUCGCCCCCGCCGUGAGAGCCGCCCCCGUCGCAGUCGCCGCCCCUGCCGCCGUGGCCGCCGAGUACGACCCCAACCCCCAGUACAGCUACGCCUACAGCGUGCAGGACGCCCUCACCGGUGACUCCAAGAACCAGCAGGAGAGCCGCAGCGGUGACGUCGUCCAGGGCAGCUACAGCCUGGUCGAGCCCGACGGCUCCAUCCGCACCGUCGACUACACCGCCGACCCCGUCAACGGCUUCAACGCCGUCGUGCACAGAGAGGCCGGCGCCCACCCUGCCCCCGUCGUCGCCAAGGUGGCCGCCCCCGUCGCCUACGCCGCCCCCGCCGUCGCUAAGAUCGCCGCCCCUGUGGCCUACGCCGCCCCGGCUAUUGCUAAGUACGCUGCCCCCCUUGCCUAUGGCAAGGCCAUCCUGGGCUAAGCUGUGUAAAUAGGAUAUAUUU